AGCACCUCUGCAGGCAGCAGGUCCCUGCUCUCCCCUGCACUCCUGCAGCACUGCAUGGCACGGGGGUGUCACCCGGUCCCCAGGGGCUGCAUGGCCUCCCUGUGCAGGUCAUGCCAUCCCUGGGGUGUGGUCUUGCCGUCCCCAGGGCAGUGCCAGCCUGCCCCUGGGGUGGUGGCACACUGUCCCUGGGGUAGUGGCGUGCCAUCCCCAAGACAACAUCACACUGUCCCCGAAGAGGCGUGAGACAGGGCAGGUGAAGCCUCACAGCCCCGUGGGGGACAACGGGGUGGCCUCAGGGCCCACUCCAGGACACAGAGGGGGUGUGGGGUCUCACCAACAGCAGCUCUGGUGGGGAGGGCACAGACCCACCCCGGGGCCAGCAGCCACCUGGCACAGGGUCCAAAACCCCCACAGUGACGUUUGCCAUCUGAAAGGGGAAGCGUGGCGAGGAGGGGAAGGGAGUGGGAGGAAGCCUAGACAGGCCCGGGGGUGGCAGCGGUUGCAGGUGGCAGGAAGAUGGUUUUGGGAGAAAGUAAAAGUGAGCAAAGAAAGAAAAGGGCAAAAUCCUUGAUGGGGGCUGUGGGCAGCACCAAGCACAGCCCAGGACCUCCACCAUGAUGUUUCCAUCAUUCUUUGGGGCCCAGAGCAGCAGCGGGAGUGUGGAGGAGAAGAAUGGUAGCCCUGCCCCUCAGCCUGGCUGCCUUUGUCCCACACCCCCUUAGGCCAGGGCCCAUGGGCACCCCCCAGGGAUUGUCCCCUUGGCUGAAUCCCACAGCUGCUCCCCACAGGGUGUUCCCAUGCCGGGCCCAGUGCUCAGUCCCAUGUCCGUGAGUCAUGCCCACACCUGGUCCCAUGGGCACUGCCCCAUGGCUGCUCCCCACACUUGGCCCUCCUGCCUGGUCCCUGCUCUGGUCCCCGUGAGUGUUCCCUGCCUGGUCUUCAUAUCAGGUCCCCAGGGCUGCUCAGGGGGGCUGGUCUCUGUGGCUGGUCCCUACACCUGGGCCCACAGCCAGACCCCAGAGCAGGUCCCCAGGCCGUGCCCACACCUGGGUCCUCAAGCUGGAUCCCAUGCCUGGUCCCCAUCCCUGUCCCCACGCUGUCCCCAGCUCUGCUCCCCACGUGGACAGGGCUCUGCAGACAGCACCACUGGGAGCCACAGGGCCACCCACGCUGUCACAGGGCCACCCCCAGGCUCGCCAUCCCCAUCCAGGGGGGACAACACCCAUCACUGCAGCAUCCCCAUCCCACUGAGGCUUGGGGCAUCUGCCCCGGACCCCAUCCCUGGGGCAGAGGCUCCGCAGUCCAAGGAAAUCCUGCCCCCUCCCCCUCCAUCCUUUCUUCUCCGCUCCCCCUGUUUCUAAUUCUUUCUCCUCGCCCGUAAUGAGGGGAUUACACGGCAAACUCCAGCAGGACGCCUUUGUGGGGAGACAAUCCGAGUGGGGAAGGCAGUUCGGGGCUUUGUCCGCCACUGCCCCCCCGGACCCGUGCUGGGGGGACAUUUAGAGCAAUUACUUGUCCAGAAAGUAACUGUCAAUCAUUCUUAAAGGGGAAGGCCUCCAAUUAAUAACCUCGUCUUAAUCCUUUGGACUCAUUUCCAAUCUGCGGUGCCUUGGUGACAUCUGCAACACUAAAUAAAGAUUCUCCCGAGCCUUAGCACGGCGGUUCUGUGACAAAUAAGAAGACUAGAGGCAACUUUGGCUGCCAAAGCUGCGAGAUUGGUGAGGUUGAGCCGCUUGUUUGGUUCCCGGGAGGGACCAGCAAAGUUAAAUACUCCUGGAAAAGCCGAGUUGGGCCCAGCAGGUGUGGAGCUGCGCAAAUGAGAAGCAGGUGCCACCAUGUUCCUGAAUAAGUGCGAGGGGGACCUGGGGGAGCUGCGGAAGCCGGGGGACGGCGAGGGCACCCCGCCGGCCGCCGCCGAGGAGGAGCAGCCCAAGAAGAAGCACCGGCGGAACCGCACCACCUUCACCACGUACCAGCUGCACGAGCUGGAGCGUGCCUUCGAGAAGUCCCACUACCCUGACGUGUACAGCCGCGAGGAGCUGGCCAUGAAGGUCAACCUGCCCGAGGUCCGCGUGCAGGUCUGGUUCCAGAACCGACGAGCCAAGUGGAGAAGGCAGGAGAAGAUGGAGGCCAGUUCCAUGAAGCUCCACGACACCCCUGUGCUCUCCUUCAACCGGCCCCCCAUGACCCCCAACGUGGGGCCCAUGAGCAACUCCCUCCCACUGGACCCAUGGCUGACAUCCCCCAUCUCCAGUGCCACCACGGUGCACAGCAUCCCCGGCUUCAUGGGAGCCCCCCAGGCCCUGCAGCCCCCCUAUGCUGGGCACUCCUUCCUCAACACGCCCCCGCCGAUGGCGCAGGGCAUGCAGCCCAUGGCCCCCGCGCCCUACCAGUGCGGCACCCCCUUUGUGGACAAGUACCCGCUGGAGGAGGUGGACCAGAGGAGCUCCAGCAUCGCCUCGCUCCGCAUGAAAGCCAAGGAGCACAUUCAGACCAUUGACAAGACCUGGCAGCCCAUUUGAUGAACGCUCCCCUCCGAGCUCCCCAGCCGCCGCUCCUGCCCCGGCUCGGCCCCGCGGCGAGGGGGGACAGCGGGUGCUCAGCAGGACCACAGCUGGCCCCGGGCAGGGAUGCCAGGCUGCCUCCUCCCCACACUGACCCAGCACGGGUGGUGUCAGGGGAGCGAGUCAGGGUGCUGGCAGGGCCCCACGGCUGGGGGGAAGCGCUCCAGGAGAGCUCCUUUGCCUCUCGAGGCACCAAGAUCAGCUAAGGACCUGGCUGAGGCUCAGGCAUCCCACUGUGCCACCGGGCCACCCACCACACCCCAGCUGGACACCUCCUUUCUCCACACCCCCCACCCUUUUCCAUUAUUAUUAAUUUUUUUUAAUGCUGCAGAUUUAAACAAAACUGAACAGAAAGCUCUA